CCGACGCUCAACGUGAAACGUCAUAACGGUGGUCACUUAAAUUUACGCGAUGCUACAAUAACGGAUUAGAUAAUAAGUCUUAAGUACCAGUGAUGUGUGCGUGACAAAUAAUUAUAUUUAUAUUUAUUAAUAAGUGUCCAUAAAUAUCAGCAAAAAUGUCGUGGACAUUAGAUAUAUUAUUUGGUAUUAUUUUAUUGGGCACAAUAACCUAUGAGACGACAACAGCCCGCAGCAUAACGAGUCUCGAGGCUCCUCGUGGCUGUGACUGGUCGAAUUCAAACACCAACAUCCAGACCCUCGGCUGUAAAUUACGGACAAUCGGUAGUGCUGAAGAAAUAAUCGGAAAUCUUUCAUCAAUUCAGUUGGAGUCAAUUGAGAAUUUAAAACUUCAGUGCAAUGACGUACUUUUAUUUGAGAGCCAGUUUGAGAACACAAAUUUCCUGGGGGCCUGUAAAAAUCUUCGGACUCUGGAUGUUGAAAAGUGCAAAGUUCGUUAUGUGCCCGCGGGUGCGUUUUCUGCACUAAAAACCCUUCAGUUAUUAACCUUGCAAAGUUUUAAUAAUGACUGGUCCGGAAUGACCCUCGAACUUCAUCGGGAUUCUCUGAGAGGCCUUGACGCGUUACAAGAGCUCUAUUUGCCGGAUAAUAAUAUCUGGACCCUUCCCGCUGAGAUCCUGUGUCCAGUUACUAAUUUGAAGAAACUUAAUUUGACGCGUAACAAGUUACAGGAUACUGUGUCGCUCGGUUUCACUGACUGGACCUCAGCUUGCACGCCGAACCUUGAAUCUCUCGACUUAAGUGACAAUGACAUGAGUGUCCUGCCGGAUAAUUCAUUCGUCGCGCUCAAGAAACUAAAAGCACUGAUGCUACAAGACAAUAAGAUCCGUCAUGUUGGUGAUCAUGCACUAGCAGGUCUUGGACAACUCAUGAAACUCAACAUAUCCAGCAACCGACUAGUCGCUUUACCUCCGGAGCUUUUCUCGGAUACUGCAGAUCUCCUGGAGCUGGUCCUCAGCAACAACUCGCUUUCAGUGAUAGCCCCAGGUCUCCUGGACAAUCUUACCAAGCUGAAGAACCUGGAUCUCAGCAGCAAUGAGCUCACCAGUCAUUGGGUCAACCGUGAUACCUUUACACGUCUCCGCGAAUUGCUAUUUCUUGAUCUGUCUUUCAAUGCGUUGACCAAAAUAGACAGUAGUGUCUUCAAAGGACUCGUUAGUCUACAGAUUCUCAAAUUAGAACACAAUAAUAUCGAUAUUUUAGUGGACGGAUGUUUCAGUGCAUUACAAAACUUGCAAUCAUUGACGCUCUCUCACAACCGGAUCACCAGGUUCGAAGCAACUCAUACUCUAGGAUUGAAUUCUGUGAUGCAACUAUUCUUGGACGGCAAUAAGCUGAGAAUUUUACACAGACGUACGUUUAGUAACCUGACCAACCUUCAAGAUAUUUCAUUGAGCGGAAACGCGUUUACUGAAAUCCCAGAGUCGAUUCGCGAGUUAAAAACUCUCAAGACCCUUGACCUGGGUAAUAAUAAAAUAUCUAAAGUGGACAAUGAAUCUUUUUAUGGGUUAAAUGAACUCUAUGGACUUCGUCUAGUGGACAAUAAAUUAGAAAAUAUAUCUCGUGAUACGUUUUCAACACUGCCAGCUCUUCAAGUGCUUAAUUUAGCGAGCAAUGUGAUAAGACACGUUGAACAGAAUGCAUUUGCUAGCAAUUCAGUUCUGCGUGCUGUUCGUUUGGACGGUAAUCAGUUGACCGAGAUCCGCGGGGUCUUUACGACUGCAACGACGCUCGUUUGGUUGAAUAUUUCGGACAAUAAGUUGCUGUGGUUCGAUUACAGUUAUUUGCCAGCAAAUUUAGAGUGGCUGGACAUGCACAACAACCAGAUAAGUGAGCUGGGAAAUUACUAUACAGUUCACGGAAAUUUGAAAAUCAAGAUGCUGGAUGCCAGUUGGAAUCUCAUAACCGAAAUUAUGGAAUCAAGUAUUCCAGAUGGGAUAGAAACUUUAUUCCUCAAUAAUAACAAUAUUCGGAGUGUGGCCCCCAGUACGUUCCUGCGUAAAACGAGUCUUGAGAAAGUUGUGCUUUACGGUAAUGAAAUCCGUCAUCUAGACUUAACGGCUUUAGGAAUACAGGAGGUACCAAUGGAUCGUAAUAUUCCUGAGUUUUAUAUUGGUGAUAAUCCUAUUUUAUGUGAUUGUUCAAUGGAGUGGUUACCCAAGAUAAAUGACCUCUCGCGAUCACGUCAGCACCCACGUGUGAUGGACCUUGAUGCGGUAAUGUGUGAAAUGGUACACAAGCGGGCAAGUCCCAAAAGACCUUUAUUGUCAUUAAAACCAAAAGACUUUCUCUGUCAUUAUGACGCCCACUGUUUUGCAUUGUGCCAUUGCUGUGAUUUCGAUGCUUGUGACUGUGAAAUGACGUGCCCAGACAAUUGUUCGUGCUAUCACGACCACAGUUGGUCGAGUAAUGUUGUUGAUUGUUCAAAUGGUGGUUACAAAAUGGUGCCUGAGAGAAUACCCAUGGACGCAACGGAAAUAUAUUUAGACGGUAAUAAUCUUGGUGACCUUGGUAGUCAUGUUUUUAUUGGUAAGCGCCGGUUGGAAGUGUUGUUUUUGAAUAACAGUAAAAUAAAUACUUUGCAUAAUCGGACAUUCAAUGGCGCGCCUUCAUUGAGAGUGUUGCAUUUAGAAGAUAACGGCUUACGUGAAUUACGUGGUUUUGAGUUUGAUCAAUUAGAACAAUUGUCUGAACUGUAUCUAGAUCAUAAUGCAAUCGCAAUGGUAGGCAACACGACCUUCAAUAAAAUGAAGAGUCUACAAGUUCUUAGAUUAGAUAGCAAUCGUAUUGUAGAUUUUCGCCCGUGGGAAGUGCUUGCUGAUGCGGGAGCCGGCGCACGUGUUGCUCUCGAAGGAAACGCGUGGAAUUGUGAGUGUAUUAAUACUGCUAAGCUAAAAGUUUGGCUGGCACAUCAUCCUGAUGGAGAUGCUGAAAAAAUGUACUGUAAAGAUGGUACUGAAACUCUGGCUGAAGCUUUAAGACGUUGUGGAGAUCCAUCAACUGAAGCUGUAUCUCGUGAAAUAAGCAAAAGUUCAAAUAAUUUUGUUCCAUUACUUGCUGGAGCUUUGGUUGUCAUCAUAGUAGUCUGUCUAGUCACGGCACUGGCUUUUGCUUUCCGUCAGGAUGUCAGACUUUGGCUGCAUUCAAGAUAUGGCUGGAGACUAGGCAAACCAGUGACUUUACCUGACGAAGAGCGUGACCGUUUGUACGACGGAUACAUCAUCUACAAUGAGCGUGACCAAGACUUUGUUUCUGGUUGUCUAUCAGCCGAGUUAGAGCAAUCCGGUCUCUCUUUGUGCCUUCACUAUCGUGACCUGCCUCCAGCCAGGCCUCAAGAAGCUCUUCCACCAGCAGCUGGAGCUGCCAGACGAAUCGUCCUCGUAUUCUCACCAGUUUUUCUGGCCAACGAGUGGCAGCACAUAGAAUUCAGAAGUGCACUACGUUGUGCAUUAGAAACUAUCAGACCCAGCUCUCGUAGAAGACGGGUCGUCUUACUUCUAGCAGCAGAAGCACCCAGGAAUGACCCGGAACUACAGUUGCUUCUGCAAACCUGCGAAGUAAUUGUCUGGGGUGACAAGCGAUUCUGGGAAAAAUUGCGAUUCGCUAUGCCGGAUCCAGAAGACAAAAGCAGUGGGAAAAAAGUCGACAGAUGUCCAGGAUCAGCUAGAGCUCCGGGUAUGAGGGUACCUGCACGUUACACAGCCGCUCCCUCGGCUCCUGCUGAUCUCUGGACGAAACCAAAUGGCAUUUUGGUGGCUCCAGUUCAUCACGCACCUACGCCUACACCCACACAGUCAACCUACGUCAGCUCGGCUUCCAGCAGGACUGAAGACGAGGACAGUGGAGCCGAACAUCAGCAUCAUGGUUACAGUGCUCUACAUGGCGUUAAUGGAAGACCAGCUAGCCUUUCUUCAAGGGGUAGUCAUCUCUACAGCACUAUCCCUGAACCUCCCACCAAUCAGGGAACUAUAAACCCGCGUACUUAUUUUGUUUAGGUAAGAUUUUUUUUUACGGAAAGCUAAGAUUUUUGUACGACUUAUUUAGAACAGAAAUCUUGUUUUUUUUUUUUUUUGCUGUCUGCUAGAUUUAUUAUGUUUUUACGGCCUCUUGUUCUUUAAUCUCCCACGCUAUUUGUACAUACUUUUUUUAUUAUUCUGGGAGACGAAAAAGAUCACCAAGCAGACUUUAAAUUAGUACGCGUUAUAAAGACUGGAAAACAGCUUUUUUUAUGAGAUAGUGAUAAAUUUUGGGCAGAAUAUAUAAACAAUUUUUUUUACAUAUUUCUGCCCAUGACUGUGCAAUUGCUGGAAAAAAAUUAAGACUUCAACUUAGAAAGCGAAUAUCUCUGAAAAUAUUACAAAUAGGCAAAAUGUGCUCAGAUACAAUCUUAUAGACAAUUGAAUUCUCUACAAAAAAGUUCCUGUCAAUGAUAUCGAUAAAAUGGUAUUUAAAAAAGUUACAGGGUUUUGAAUACUCAAGGUCACACACUAAAUUUAAUUAUUUUUCAAUACAUUUAUUAUUUCUGCCAUAAGUUCUAAACCAUUGACAUGAUGAUAAUUUUCAUGAGGUACAAAAUUGUAGAGAAGUAAAUUUCCGAUUCCGUAACCACGUUUUCAAUACAUUUAUCACUUUAAAUCACUUAGAUAAAAGCAAUCAAAGUUGAACAUACUUCCAGUAAUUAACCUGCCGACUGUGCGCUCCUUUUAUUCGAAAUAAAUCGAGUUAACGCUUAUUUAAAUAAAGUAAAUCCAUGUAAAAAUUUAUUUUUUAAUUUGUAAAAAGACUUUUAAAAUUUUUUUUUUAUAAAAAAUUUUAAAAAGUCUUAAUUUUUAAGGGAAAAUAAAAAUACUUAAAAAAUAUUAUUUUAUGUAAAUAAAUUGUACAUCUAUAAAUUUUUGUAAAUACUGCGCUAGAUAGUGUUAUAAAAAAAAUAUUUCUUAUGCACUAAGAAAUUAAAAAAUGUUCUAAAUAAAAAAAAAUUGAUAAUUUAUUUAAUAAGAUUGUAAAAUUGUAAUUUUAUUGUAAAUACGCCAACGCAUUUUAUCUUGUCACUUUUUAUUAUUAUUAUUAUUAUUAUUAAUUUUUUUUAUUUUUAUUAUUAUUAUAUAAUAAUUAUAUAUAUAUAAAUAAAUAAAUG